GCCAAACCAACCAACCAUUUACAAUAGAGAUUUUAUAAACUGCGUAUCUUUAUAAGUUUUUUUGAUACAGAAAAAAGGGCAGAGUUAAAUUAUCUCCAUUUCGACUGAAAAGUAAAGAAAAAUAAAGUUCUUGUAAACUCAAAGAGAGCUUAGGUAGAAACAUUAUUGUGUUUUUAUCAUCGAGAAUAUCGCCAUUUUCAAGUAAAUUCAAUGGUAAUCAGGAAAUAAAUGAGAUAACCUCAACCCUGUCUGCCUGCGCUUCUCUAUAUUCAGUGUUCUUCUUAUUAAAAAAAAGAGUGAGUGAGAGAGAAAGAGAGGAAAAAAAAGUGAAAUAAGGAAGUGAUUCAGAGAAACAUCUGCUUAAGUUUAAUUAUCAAUUUUGAUUGAUAUUUUUUUUUCGUAAAAAAAACCAUCAUGGCAACCUAGUUUUUACCAGUGAUUUGUUAAGAAAGAUUGAUUUGGAAAUCAUCUUAUGAAAUCCCAACGUUUUUACACAAGACCGCUAAUCCAUUUUUGAUUAAACAUGAGUUCGGGAAGACCAAUUAAAUGUGUUGUUGUGGGCGAUGGAACUGUUGGAAAAACUUGCAUGCUGAUAUCAUACACAACAGACAGUUUUCCCGGAGAAUAUGUGCCUACAGUAUUUGACAAUUAUUCUGCUCCUAUGGUGGUGGAUGGAAUUCCUGUGAGUUUGGGAUUGUGGGACACUGCAGGACAAGAGGAUUACGACAGAUUGCGUCCCCUUUCAUAUCCGCAGACAGACGUGUUUCUUAUUUGCUUCUCAGUGACAAGUCCCUCUUCCUUUGAGAAUGUCACUAGUAAAUGGUAUCCAGAAAUUAAGCAUCAUUGUCCCGAUGCACCGAUGAUUCUCGUUGGGACAAAAAUUGACUUGCGAGAUGAUCGCGAAACACUCACUGCACUCGCCGAACAAGGACUCAGCGCUAUUAAACGUGAACAGGGACAGAAACUUGCGAACAAGAUAAGAGCUGUUAAAUACAUGGAAUGUUCAGCACUCACGCAACGUGGAUUAAAACAAGUUUUCGACGAGGCAGUUCGCGCUGUAUUACGACCCGAACCACAAAAACGUCGUCAACGAAGGUGCUCACUACUGUAAGCAAAACGAAGAUGAAAAAAAAACCCCAACAGAAAACUAAAGUAGGUAAAAAGAGAAAACGAACAAA